AUGAAAAAACCAUAUAAUAAAAAAGUAAAUGUAAACAAAUGUAUGGCAAAUGAUUUGAUUAUUACUUUUCCAAUGAGAGAUGAACAAAUUAUAGCCAAACUAGAUUCAAUCAAAAGAUGGAAAAAUGUAAAUAAAAAUCUUUAUUCAAUUGAUGAUUUUUGUUCAUUAUUGAAUGAAUUUGAAAUGAUUCAAUUUUCAAUAGGAGGAAGCCCUUUGUUUAAUAAAAACAAUGGUAAACAAUAUAAUUAUUUAAAAGAAUACAAUUUGACUUCAACUUAUUUUAAAAUGAUUCAAAGAGAAAGAGAUUUUUCAGUUUUAACAAGUUUUAAAUCUGAUAUUAUUAAUAAUGGAAUUCAAAAAAAAUCAAAUGGAUUACGUACUCAAAUUUUAGGUAAAUUAAAUGAUGAUGGAUCACCAAUUUUUAAAAAAGAUACAAUACUUAAUCAUGUAGCUGAGGAAUUAAUAAUAGAUAUGAAAGAAAAUAAAGCAAUUGAGAUUAAACAUGAAUUUUUUAGAGAUAUAGAUUUUAAUAGAUUAAAUCGUAAAACAAAUAAAAUUGGUGAAAAUUGGAUCACUGUGGAUAAAUUUCCAUUUGGUUCACUUGUUAUUCCAAAAUUUAAAGAAAUUUGUCACUCUGUUUUAAAAGAAUUAUUUUUAAUUAAUAGAGAUGAUACACUAAUAAAAAUAAAUUCAUUAGCAGAAGAUAUUUUAAUUGGAUUUAUUGAUAGUUGUUUCAAUGAUAAAACUCCAGUUGGAAAGGAAAUUUUAUUUGAACUUUUUAAAAACCAUAUACUUAAUAAUAAUAAAACUGAUGAAAUUGAAUCAUUAUUCCCAAUUGAAAGAAUAAUAAAUAGUUGUAUUAUUAGAGAUGAUUGGUUUAGAUUUAAUUAUGGUAAAUCAAUAGCACAAGAUUUAUUUUUACCACAUUUUCAAGAUAGUUUUUCAAUAAAUGUUUAUGAAAAUUAUCAAUUAUUCACACACAAAAAUAUUUCUAAAUUAUCAGAUAAUGUAUUGUUAAAGCAUACAAAUAGGAAAAAGUCAGAAUCAAUAGUGAUUGGAGAAUCAUCAAUUGUUAAUAAGGAAAAGUUUAUUGAAAAUUUUCAUUUGGUUACAAAUAAUAUGUUUAAUGAUUUUUCAAAAAUUCCAAAAACAUGUUAUUUUAUUGGUGGUAUACUUACAGCAUGUUUAACAGAUUCAAUUAAUGAAGAUGAAUAUAGAGAUAGCGAUAUUGAUGUUUGUUUUACUGGUUAUGAGUCAAAUGAUAUUGUAGAGUUCGUUGAAACAUAUUUUGGAUCUUUGGAUGAAUUACAAACUGAUAAAACAACUACGAUUCAUGGUGAUCAUUUAACAAUUUCAAAGUAUUAUCCAAAUAGACAUGUUCAAAUUAAUCUUCACUUUUAUCCUACACUUGAGAGCAUUUUAGUAGGUGUUGAUAUCGAUGCAUCUUGUUUUGCAUUCAAUGGAAAGGAUUUAUACUGUUUGGAAAGAGCUAUGCAUUCAAUAAAUUAUAGUAUUAACAUUGCUUGUGAAUUUAACUUUAAUGUUAGAGGUAAUGGCCAUUAUCAAAAACGGUUGGUUAAAUAUUUAGAUCGUGGUUUUCAUAUCUACUAUUUACCAACACCACAAAUUAAUUAUUUUUUUAGUGAUAUUAUACUUAAGGUGAGUGAAAAUGAUGGGUUCUCUCCAACACUUAAUCAGAAUGGAAUUGCUUUAUUAGCAUCAGCAAGCCUAUCAAAACAAAUUCUAAAAGAGUUAAAGAAACCAUCAUUUUCAAUUCCUUAUGGUCCAUCAUAUGAUAAAAUAAGUACAGAUUUGUUCAUUAGAUCAACCUAUAAAUCUAUGUAUAAUGGGUAUUCAACACCAAUGUGUCAUAGAAUUAUAGAUACUGUUGGUGAAGGCGAAGAUUCAAUUAAUACCAUUUUAUUUGAAACCAGAUCUAUCGAGAGUCUAUCUUUUAAUAGAUAUUCAUGGGAACAACAUAUCACCAAUGAAGCUUUAAGAUCAAAUUUAUUUAAUUAUAACCAAUUUUUUUAA